UAAGGAGCAAGACCCCAGCAAGCAUGGGGCCAGUGGGGCAGGAGGCAGAGGGCUAAGCACGAGUUCUGCGUGUAGUCCACAGAACCAAGCAGCCUGUUGCUAGGUAACCAGAACCUCACAUCACCCCCCACAACACAUCAUCUGAGCCAGGGAUUCUGUCUCCAGCUAUCUUGGGCAGAGUCUCUCAAAUACCUACCGCCCCUGUGGGACCCUGAAAGCAGGAGAAGAGAAGAAACCAGAGCCCAGCCACCACCCCUUGGGAUCCGCCACCCACUAUUUCACUGUGAGGACCCAGCUGACUGGGCCGUGAGGGCACCGCAGCCAUGAGUCUGGGAAUCAUGGAAGAGGAAGAUCUGGCCGAGUACUUCCGGCUGCAGUAUGGGGAGCGGCUGCUGCAACUGCUGCAGAAGUUCCCCUCCACUGAGGAGCAGUCGGAGUCCCCAUCCAUCCGGCUGCUGGAGAAGAAAAAGGAGGCCAAGAUCAUGCACCGUGCUAUGGAGCAGAAGAAGGAGACAUUUAAACGCAGGAUGGAGGCCUUGAACCUGCGCUGGGAGGAGCUGGGCAUCAAGGAGGCCCAGCUGACGGCCCACAUCCAGAAGUUUGAGCAAUUCAUCCAGGAGAAUGACCAGAAGCGGAUCCGCGCCCUGAAGAAAGCCAACAAGGAGCGAGAACUCAAGAGGCAGCGCAUGCGGGAGUUGGCCAAGGCCAAGCAGGAGAUGGCAGCUCUGCGGCUGGAGCACCAGCGGCUGAGCUGCAAGCUGCAGGACUACUCCAUCUUCAACAAGUACCUGGAGAGGGUGGUAGAGAACUCUGAGUUUGAGGAGAUCCACGAGGUGAUCGCGCGCUACAAGACGCUGGUGAGCAUGCACCACGACCUCAUGCGGUCUGCGCAGGAAGGCCAGGAGAAGAUUGAGCGAGCCAAGGCACGUCUGGCGCGCUACAUGGAGGAGAAGGAUGACGAGAUUCUGCAGCACAACAAUGAGUUGGCACGGCUGCAGAUGCGCUUUGACCGCGCUCGCAGCGAUGUCAUCGUCUGGGAAUCUCGCUGGGCGCACAUCCAGAACACCGCUGCCAAGAAGACCCUCCUGCUUGGCACCAUUAAGAUGGCGACACUGAACCUCUUCCAGAUUGUGAGCAAGCAGCUGAAGGAGACGGCCAGCGUGUCCCUGGACGACACACACAAACAGCUGGACAUGAUCCAGCAGUUUAUCCAAGACCUGUCAGACAUCUGGGCAGAGGUGAAGAAGAAGGAACAACAGCAAAUACGGGUUUAAGGAGGCGACCAUGGUUCCAGAAUGUCCCGAGACAGAGACUGAAUAAAUGCCUGGUGAGCUUGCAGCUCAGUCACCCCAGCCCACUGAGGAUGCCUGUGCCUUUCUGCUGGCAAACACCUGCCAUUUUCUCCUCCACUUCAGUCCAUCCCAGCCCUGAAAACAUUAAAUUUUAUGAGAAGUUUACUCCCAAGUUCUAUUUUUGGUGGUUUAUUUGUAAGGAAGAGGGCCAAUGAGGGGGAAGCCCCCAAAAGGACCUCCUCUCAAAGUUAGUCACUUAGGCUGCACAGGGACUAGAAACCAAAUCUAGGGUGUGGUGUCUUCUAGGCUUUGGACUAGUGAAUGUUUGGUGGGCAAUGGAUGAGUGGGGUUAGUUAAUACCUAGGACCCCUCUUUCCUCCACCACUCAAAGACUGAAAAAAAAAAAAGUGUUUCUAAUCUGAACGCAAAGACUGACUAGGAAGUAUACAGGCAGCUUCUCAAGUCAGUGUCCAAAGUUGCUGAGUCAAGAACUCUUGUUUAGAUACGGUGACACAAAGAAAUAAAAGUUAGGUUUAAAUUUAGAAAAAUAGGAGUAAAUAAUAAGGUAACCACAAAGGAGACAAACUAUCCUACUCAUCAAAAUAAAAUAUAAGAAAAAAACAGAGACUCAGCAGAAACAAAAUUAACAACAACAAAUAAGAGGAAAGGACAAUAUGUAAAGAUAAUCUACUCAGCACAUAAAAUUAAGUGGGAAAAAGAAACUGUCAAUAACACACAAAAUAAGACAUCAAAAUGACAGCACUAAACUAAUACCUAUCCAUAAUUACACUGAAUGUAAAUGGACUAAAUGCACCAAUAAAGAGACAGAGAGUGGCAGAAUGGAUUAAAAAACAAGAUCUGUCUAUAUGCUGCCCACAGGAGACACACCUUAGACUUAGAGACACAAACAAACUAACACUCAAAGGACAGAAAAAAAUACA